UCCGCCGGGACUCGUGUCCACUGUGAAGAUCAAGAUGUUCAUCAUCUCCACCUUCGGGUUCGUUUGCGCGGCGUGGAUCGCAUCUCCUGUGUUGUCGACUCUUCAUCCGGAAUGUGAAUAUAUCUUCCAGCUGGAGAAGGAUGGCGAGCGGUGCCUUCAGGAGAUUGCCGACUACAAGUACAACUCCUCCGCAGGCUGCCUACCCUUGUGGGACUCUGUGGUCUGCUGGCCAACAGCCGCGGUUGGCGAAACGGUCACUGUGGCCUGUCCAGCGAUCUUCUCUCUCUUCCGGAACAACACAGGCACCGUGAGCCGCAACUGCACCAGCGAUGGGUGGAGCGAACCAACCCCGCCUUACCACAUCGCCUGCAGUGUGGAGGACGACAUACCAGAGGAGUGGUAUUUUUCCACUGUGAGAACAGUUUAUACCAUCGGCUAUGCCAGCUCCCUGGUCUCUCUCAGCAUCGCUGUGGGCAUCCUGCUGCAUUUCAGGAGGCUUCGCUGCGCUCGCAAUUACAUCCACAUCCAACUGUUCCUCACCUUCAUCCUGAGAGCCGCUGCAGUGUUUGUGAAGGACCGUGCCCUGUUCAACAGCACAGACACGGAACACUGCUCCCUGUCCACUGUGACCUGUAAGGCCUCAGUGGUGCUCUGCCACUACUGCGUCAUGGCCAACUUUUUCUGGCUCUUGGUGGAGGCGCUGUACCUCAACUCCUUGCUGAUGUGGGCACGACAUGGGGGAAACCGGCUCCUAUGGUGGUUUGCGCUCCUUGGCUGGGGUGUUCCUGCCAUUUUCAUGCUCAUGUGGAUCAUGUCCAGGGUCUACUUUGAGGAUACGGAGUGUUGGGACAUUAAUGAAAACUCACCGUACUGGUGGAUCAUUAAGGGACCAAUAGCAGUGUCCAUUUGUGUGAACUUCGUCCUCUUUGUAAACAUCAUCCGAAUUCUGGGGCAGAAGCUGAAUCCUCGGCUGACGCAGUUCAACAACUCCGCCCAGUACAGACGUCUGACCAAGUCCACUCUUCUGCUCAUCCCUCUCUUUGGGACCCACUAUAUGGUGUUCAACUUCCUGCCGGACUCCGAACAUGUUGGCAUGCGGCUGUGCAUCGAGCUCUGCCUGGGGUCCUUCCAGGGCCUUAUUGUAGCCAUCCUGUACUGCUUUCUCAACAAAGAGGUUCAAACGGAGAUCCACAUGAGGUGGUUGCGGUGGCACGAGAACAGCUAUGGGGCGGUGCCGGCUGGGGUCAAGUGUAGCCAAAUGGACACGCCUUUCUGACACACCCACCAACACACUCCGCCCACAACCAGGAGUGACGACACUUACGCCCCUUUCAGAUACACCCACUAUCAAGCUCCGCCCUCUGAAAAAGACAAUCAAAUGGACAGUCCUUGUUCACUU